AUGGAGCGCCCUUCUACGCCACCACAGGCGAAAACUAUCAACCCCUCUAAACCCAUAGCGUCUCCUCCUACGCCUGAGAUUACCCGUCGCAUCGAAGAAAAUAGACUCCGAGCCAAGGCAUUACGUGAACAGCAUGAGUCCGCCGCUCGUGCAGCUGGCGCACCCUCCGUCUCUCGCACUCCAUCUGGCUUCAUCGCCACCGAUAAUGCGCAAGUCCCGAACACGCGUAAGCGCGCCUAUGAUGCUAUAUCUGGUACUCGAGUCCGCGAGACACCGUCCACCAGCCGCGAUGGCCGCGUUAAUGGGGUCUCGCCUGCUAAGGCUGCUCCUGGCGAUAGUGCCGACCAGGCCAAGGCGGAUAAAGACGAAGGGACCAUAAGACCAGCGAGAAAGUUCACCAAGUUUGUCGACUACGACUUCGGCAAGAUGACGGAUACGAAAGGUGGCUUCUUGAGUGCCGAGGACGAUCCUUGGAACAAGGCCAUGUCGGGGUCUACUGCUACGGGCAACGGAAAAGGUAACGGGCCUAGUGAAGGACAGGAAGAGAGGCCCAAAGGAAUGAGCGUGCAAGAGUGGGAAAGGCGACAGUUACUGAAGAAGCUCCAACGGCAGAAGGCGGGGCCAUUUGAACCGGGUCUGAGUGUGCUACGGGAUGAAAAGGACCGAAAGAGAUGUCGCGAGUGUAGGAGUCUCGAGAUUGACUUCGUAUGGGAGGAGGUUUUCGGGUGUGCCAUCUGCAAUAGUUGCAAGGAGAAGUAUCCCGAAAAGUACAGUCUUCUGACAAAAACAGAGUGCAGGGAGGACUAUCUUCUGACAGAGCCGGAGUUGAGAGAUGCAGAGCUGCUGCCCCACCUCUCAAAACCAAACCCACACAAGUCCCACUGGCACGAUAUGAUGCUAUUCCUUCGGUACCAGGUCGAAGAGUAUGCAUUCAGUGACAAAAAAUGGGGUUCGGCAGAGGAGCUAGAUGCCGAGUUCGAACGUCGCGAGACGGAGAAGAAGAAACGAAAAGAAACCAAGUUUAAAGAGAAGCUACUGGACCUCAAGAAGCGGACGAGGACGGAUGCGUACCGGAGGCAAACGGGGAAGCUCGGGGGAGACGGAGGAGGAGGUACGGGGUCUGGCAAGAAAGCCAAGUUUGGAGAUGCUAUUUCCAACGGUGGCAAACAUGUUCACGAAUGGGGACGAGUCAUCGAGAAGGAUGACGGUUCAACGGUGAAGACUUGUACGACCUGCAGCAUGGAAGUUGAAGAGAUGGAGUUUUAG